AUGGCGACGGCGAGGAGGGUGGUCCUCAUCCCCGGCCAGAGCAUAAGCCACCUCACGCCUAUGAUGGAGUUCGCCGCGGUCUGUCUCCGUCGUGGCCUUGCCGUCACCGUCGCCGUCCCGGACCCAACCCUUACCUCCCCGGCUUUCCGCUCCACCAUCGGCCGGUACGCCUCCCGGCUCCCCUCCCUCUCCGUCCACUCCCUCCCUCUCCCUCCCGCCCACCACCACUCCGUCGACGCCGCGCACCCGUUCAUCCGCAUGCAGGCCGCCUUCCGCUCCCAGGCGCCCGGCCUGCGAGACUUGCUCCGCAGCCUCCCCGCAGUCCACGCGCUCGUGGCCGACAUGUUCGCCGCUUGCCUCCUCGACGUCGCCGCGGAGGUCGGCGUCCCAGGGCACCUCUUCUACUGCACAGGCGCCGCCAACCUUAGUGUCUUCCUCGAGCUGCCUUCAUUUUGCUCCGGGAGCGGCGGAAACGUGAAAGAUCUCGGCGACGCGCCCGUGUCGUUCCCCGGCGUGCCCACGAUGCCGGCGUCUCACUUGGUCGACGCGGUGCUCGACAGCGGUACGGACCUGUACGCGGCUGUGCUGGACGUAUUCGGUCGGAUGGCGGCAGCGCGCGGCAUUCUGGUGAACACCUUCGAGGCGCUGGAGGGCUCGGCGGUGGCGGCGAUUAGAGACGGGCGCUGCCUCCGCGGCCCUGCCGCCCCGCGGGUCUACUGCGUAGGCCCGUUGAUCGCGGAGGGCGACGCAGAGGAGGAGGAGGAGAGGCACCCAUGCCUCCGGUGGCUGGACGCGCAGCCCGAGGGCAGCGUCGUGUACAUCUGCUUCGGCAGCCGGUGCACGGCCUCGCUGGAGCAGAUCAGGGAGAUGUCCAAGGGGCUCGAGAUGUCCGCGCACAGGUUCUUGUGGGUGCUGCGUGCGCCUCCUGCCUUCGCCGCAGCCGCGGGCGAGCCGGAUGCGACGUUGUCUCUCCUCCCCGAGGGGUUCUUGGCCCGGACGGCGGGUAGGGGCCUCGUGGUGACCGCGUCCUGGGUGCCACAGAUGGACGUGUUGCGUCACGCGUCCACUGGUACCUUCAUAACGCACUGUGGGUGGAACUCGACGCUGGAGGCAGCGGCCACCGGCGUGCCGAUGGUGUGCUGGCCUCUGGAAGCCGAGCAGUGGAUGAACAAGGUGUACAUUGUCGAGGAGAUGAAGGUUGGCGUGGCGGUGAAAGGGUAUAACAAACCCGGGGUGCUUGUCACGGCCGAGAACGUCGAUGCCACGGUUAGGCAGAUCAUGGACAUGGAGUCGGAAGGUCGGCGAGCGGUCGUUGAACGGGCCAUGGCGGUGAAGGAGAGCGCCGCGGCGGCGUGGAAGGAAGGUGGCUCGUCGUGUGCCGCGUUCGCCGAGUUCGUGAAGCAGAUGGAGUAA